UGUGACAACACAAGGAAGCUCAUGAAUUCUCUAGCUUGCGCUGUACCGGCAGUCCUGAUGAUCACAUUGGCAAAGCUCGACUGUAGAAGUCAGAUACCCGCAGUCGCAUUGCUCUGUGUAGCAGGGGCAUUGAGUGGACUGUCCUUCUCUGGAGGGUUUUUGGUGACCUUUGUAGAGAUCGCCCUUGCCCAUUCUGCAAUUCUCUUCGCCGUGUCUAACACCAUUGCCAGUAUACCAGGGAUAGUGGCGCCCUAUGUUGUGUCACUACUGACCCCUACAGGUUCCCAGAGUGAGUGGCAGUCUGCGUUCUACGUAGCAGCGGCUUUGCUGCUCAUGUCAACCAUUGUCUUCCUGUUUUCUACGACCACCCCACAACCCUGGGCUCUACCUCCUGUUGACGAUACAACCACAGUGGACAGUCUUACUGAGGAUCGCACUGAAGAUAAAUUAUAACCCUGGAGAAUCCUUUGAUAUUUCUGUAGUUACAGUAUAUUAGAUAUCUCCAAACGAUUUUGAAACCUGAACAACCAUCGUAGCAACAUCAAAGCAUUUGACUGGCACAGAAACCCUGUGCAGAAUAUUUAAUUAAAUUCAGUGAAACAGCACCUGCUCCGAUCACGAUUUCUAUUCAAACCUCAUCUUCUGGGAGCUUUGUUUAGGUUGAACCUAUAUUUAUUUUCCUGAUUCAACUAGAUAACUGCAAGUGUAUCCCAUCAUAUAAUUUCAUGGUUAUAAAUAAACCAUCAUUUAUUCCAAUGUUCAUGCUUUCAUAUGCACUAUUUAUGUACUAUUUUUUAUAAUUUUAAACUUCAUUAAUUUUGAACUUAAAUGCUCAGAAAUAUGUGAACGAGUGAAAGACGUGGGAAGUCUGCAUUAUGAAACGAUGUUUUAGUCGCACUCACAAAUAUUCCAGAUAUAUGGCGGCGGAUUGUAAAGAAUCGAGUCUGGACCAGACAAUCCAGUGAUUGACAUGAUAGGCAGCGGUCUACGCAACUGGCAUAUGCGAAUCAAGUCAGCGAGCCUGGCCACCAGAUCCCGUUAGUCGUCUCUUACAAGCAUGAGUUGCCGAAGACCACUUCUAACACUUUUCUUCUCGGGUCCAAUUGGACUGGAUGCACAGGACUCGACACGUUCUAACAGCCUCAAUACUGAUACGAGGGAUGCUGAACAUCCGUUGUCAUAUUUGCAUCCAACUCGACGAUAGUCAAGUGGAUUUUGUUUUGUUUGUUUGUUGUUAAAGCGUUUAGUUUGUAAAUUUCACAAUCACAGAAUAUUAAAUGGUUUAUUUA